AUGCGAGCGGGCGCCUGGCGGCCGCACGAACACGAUCGGCGGCGGCCACGACGCGGACGCGCCCGCGGCUCGAGCGGCGGCGGCGGCGACAGCGACAGCAGCGGCCACCGCGGUCCGAGCAGCAGCAGCAGCAGCAGCAGCAGCCGCCGCCGCGGGGAGCGGUUCUUCUUCGCGGGCGCGCCCUCCUGGAAGCAGCCGCCCGCCCCCAUCGCCGCCCCCUCUGGCGUGUUCAUGCCCCCGGGGCCCCCUGGGAGCACCAUGGCCCGAGCACGCCAGGAGGGCAGCUCCCCGGAGCCCGUAGAGGGCCUGGCCCGUGACGGCCCUCGUCCCUUCCCACUGAGCCGCCUUGUGCCCUCCGCUGUGUCCUGCGGCCUCUGUGAGCCCGGCCUGCCUCCUGCCCCUGCCACCCCCGCCCUGCUGCCAGCUGCCUACCUCUGCGCCCCCGCCGCCCUGCCCGCCGUCACUGCCGCCCUGGGGGCCCCCCGCUGGCCCGGGGGUCCCCGCAGCCGCCCCCGAGGCCCGCACCCCAACGGUCCUCAGCCCGCACUGUCGCCCGCGGAGCAGCACCUGGAGUCGCCGGUGCCCAGCGCGCCGGGGGCCCUGGCGGGCGGCCCCACCCAGGCGGCCCCGGGCGUCCGCGGGGAGGAGGAGCAGUGGGCCCGGGAGAUCGGGGCGCAGCUGCGGCGGAUGGCGGACGACCUGGACGCGCAGUACGAGCGGCGGAGGCUGGAGGCCCAGCAGCGACACCGCCCCUCGCCGUGGAGGGUCCUGUACAACCUCCUCCUGGGACUGCUGCCCUUGCCCCGGGGCCGCGGGGCCCCCGAGAUGGAGCCCAACUAG